AUGACGACCGAACGCAACAAAUCAUCAUCUUCUUCUUCUUCUUCCUCCUCUCAUGAGGAAACCUCCUCUAUUCAUCAUUACAAUAAUCCUUCCCACAAACGACGAAUCCCACUUCAUUGGUUGGUCGAACGGGAUGAGGAUGAGGAUAGUAACAACUCCAAACACAAUCAAGAAGUCCUACUGCCUUCCUUUGUGGACUUGCAGCGAAAGACCCUUCAGACCUUGUAUGGUGGAACGACCACUACUACGACACCACCAUCAGCAACAGGAGGAGACAAAUCUCCCAAGGGUUCCGUGGAUGCUCCCAUUCGUCCCUUGGUCGACUUGAUCAACAAAAGGUCUACCUCCUAUUGCACAUUGUCAUCCUGUUCGGGACGAUUGUCACUCUUUGAUCCCAAUGAACGUCAUCCAGGCAUGCAAGGAAGUACUACUAAUACUAAUACUACUACUUCUCCUGAUGAUGCUUCUGUUAUUGCUUUUGCUGCUUCAAAAACAACAACAACAACAACAGGAAGAAGUGGAAAAGGAAGAGGAGGCUGGUUACUCAUUAGUCAUGAUCCCAUUGCACCAUCGGAAUUGGUCAAUUGUUUUCCGAAUAAUACUCAUGAUGAUGAUGGUAAUUAUGGUAAUUAUGGUAAUAAUCAUGACAACAAUACUACAUCAGCAGCAGCAGCAACAACCGACACAUCAACAACAUCAACAACAAUGAUGAUUCCAUGGAUCUUCAAAUUGGAACCCAUGCUCUUGCACAUUGCCGCUUGUUCCCUUUCCAAAGGAAAGCAAUUGUUGCAGGUGGCACUGGAAUUGGGAUUUCGGGAAUCGGGUUUGGUGGUCAGUGACAAUCGUGUCACGGUCGCCAUUCGGGGACAUUCCUUGAGUCUCAGUGUGCCACUGGCUCCCCACCACGGACCCCUCAAACCAUCUCGGCAGUAUUUGACAGCGCUGGCCCAGCAAGCCAACGAUCGACUGGAACUGAAUUGGCGUCAAUUGGAUCGUCUUUACGACCGAAUCGAAUCUACCAUCUUUCGAAUAGGCGGCAUUGGUCCUACAAUUAUGGAGGCCACCAAGAUUCCCUCCUUGAACUUGUGGAGUGCGGCGACGAUAGCAAUCUCGACGUCCACGGAUGACAAUGAUGAUGAGAAUGACAAUGACAAUGAGAAUGAUGUCACCAUUUAUUCCUUUGGAGGAUAUGGAACUGGACCAAAAAGCAAUACUAAUGCACACAAUACUACUAGUAGUGCUCGACGUUCCAAUGAGAUUUACAAAUUGCAGCGUCGUCGUCAAUUUUCAAAGGAAGAAUGGUCAGGUGACGACUGGCAACCUGUAAAAAUUCAGAUUAAUGAUCACAACAACAGCAGCAACAGCAACAACAACAAAUUGGGUCCGUUGCAAGUAUCAUGGGUACCCAAACUUCCAGACUGUCAGGGAAUGGGUGCUGUCAAGCUUGCUAUAACAACAACGACAACAACAACAGCUACUACUACUACAACAUCUACAGGCGAAAAGAAAAGUUUCAUGAUUCUAUUGUGGGGUGGACGAAUGGGUCCCAACAAGCCAAUGGGAAAGGACAUUUAUUUGUUUGAUCCCGCAUCUUCUUCCUUGGCAAUACCCUUGGAUGUUCGAGGGACUCCUCCCACACCAAGGUGGGGUCAUUCCAUGGUGGCACUGCUGAAUAAUGCAAACCACCAAUCAUUUUUGAUAUCGGGUGGAUGCAACUUGGAAGAGGGAGCCAUGGACGAGGUUUACAUUUUGCAUUUCUGUGAAACCUAUCUGUUCUGGGAACGUCUUGUUCCUACUCUGCCAACACCACUCUUUCAUCACAUGAGCGUACUACUAGCAGUGGAGGAUCCCAACAACAACAACAACAACAACAACAACAACAGUAAUAGUAGUACUGUUUGCGUCUUUGGUGGACUACAAUCCACAACCAACUUGCUCGAACCCUUUCAAAAGCGUCGAGUACUACGACUGUCCAGCAAAGACAGUAAUAAUAAUCAUAAGGACGAGGAGAAUCUCAUUUGGGCCAUUCGAAUUCAAAAGACUACUAUUGAUUCCUCCACGGGAAAGGUUUCCUCAACGGUACAAGUCAUUCAAAAGACAUUUCUUGCAGCAACGAAUACUACUACUACUACUACCACCAAUCCUUCCAAACACCACAAAGCGACGUCUUGCAUCAAUGGUCUAAAUCGGUUUGGAGCAGCGGCGAGUAAUUCCAAUUCACUCAUGCUCGUCUCUGGUGGACUGGCAUCCUCUUCCUCUUCUGGUGGCAAUACUAAUAGUAAUGAUGAUGUUGAUUCGACGCCACUCGCAUCAUACUUUUUGACGGGGGAUCGGGACCGCAUUUCCAUCACCAAGAUACCAUUGGAGUAUCAGCAUUCUAAGAACGACGACGACGACGAACAUGUGGCAUUGGACUUUGGCUCGUUGGUGCAUCACACGAGUGUUUCGAUUGGGACGAAUGAGUUUCUUCUCAUUGGCGGUGGGGCAACUUCCUUUGCGUUUGGACACAGCUUUGCAAGCUCCUAUCACAUUCGACUAAAGAUGCGAUCCGUCGAUUCGCAACCAGCCCUUCUCAAGAAUAAGACUGAAUCCAAGUCAGUAGCUGCAGCCAAUAAUGGUGAUGUUAUCAACAAGAAAUCAUCCAUGACACAUGUCGUGACAGUAGCACCAAAGGAUGCCAAGGCCGUCAAGACCAAGUUGCAAAGUUUGGGAUGGUUGGACAAACGAUAUCGCAUGAUCAAGCAAUCGCCACAGAUCAUUGCGGUACCAAUAAUCGAGUCGAGUGCGUUGGAUUCCAUGCCGGAAAUGCUCGAGAAUCCAUCCGAACCUUGGCACUCGUUACUGUUGGGCCUUGGGCAAGAGGAUAUGCCGUUUAGUACAUCUCAAUUUGCAUCCAAAGGAAAGCGAUAA